UAUAUACGCAUAUCUAAUGAUUGGCGUUUGUUUCUUGGUUUUGGGCAGGAACAGAAAGAGUUGCUGAAGAAGAAGAAUCCAGAGAGAGAGAGAGAGAGAGAGAGAGGGGUUAAAAAUGGCGGACGAAACUGACAUAGAGGUAGAGAGAUUAGAGAGAGAAGGAUCCGGAGCGUGUUUGAAAGAGCCGCUUCUCAAAAGUAGGAUCAAAUACACCUCUCAGAUUGCCAUUGUCGGUGCCAAUGUCUGCCCGAUCGAGAGUCUCGAUUACGAGAUUGUUGAGAAUGAUCUCUUUAAGCAGGACUGGAGAUCUAGGAAAAAGGUGGAGAUAUAUCAGUAUGUUUUCUUUAAAUGGGCCCUAGCACUUCUAAUUGGGUUAUGUACUGGCCUUGUCGGGUUCUUUAAUAACAUCGCGGUUGAAAAUAUAGCCGGCUUCAAACUUCUUCUCACAAACAAUCUCAUGCUUAAGGAAAAGUAUUUUCUGGCAUUUAUUGUAUAUGUUAGUUGUAAUAUGGUGUUGGCUGCUGCUGCUGCGGUCCUUUGUGCCUACAUUGCCCCUGCAGCAGCAGGUUCCGGAAUACCUGAGGUGAAAGCAUACCUUAACGGUAUAGAUGCUCAUUCUAUAUUGGCACCAAGUACUCUCUUUGUAAAGAUUUUCGGUUCCAUUUUUGGAGUAGCAGCUGGAUUUGUUGUGGGUAAGGAAGGACCUAUGGUGCACACUGGCUCCUGCAUAGCUUCAUUGCUCGGUCAGGGUGGUUCUCGCAAGUAUCGUUUGACUUGGAAAUGGCUCAGAUUCUUCAAAAAUGAUAGAGACCGUCGGGAUCUGAUUACCUGUGGUGCUGCUGCUGGUGUUGCAGCUGCAUUCCGUGCGCCUGUUGGUGGGGUCCUCUUUGCACUUGAAGAGGCAGCUUCAUGGUGGAGAAGUGCUCUUCUUUGGAGGACAUUUUUUACAACAGCUGUAGUAGCAGUGGUGUUGAGAGGUUUCAUGGGAAUUUGCAAAGGUGGUAAAUGUGGAUUAUUUGGGGAAGGAGGUCUGAUCAUGUUUGAUGUCACUUCAACAAAAGCUGCUUACAAUGCAGCAGAUCUAUUGGCAGUAAUAUUCCUGGGAAUCAUUGGAGGCAUUCUAGGAAGCCUUUACAACUUUUUUGUUAACAAAGUCCUCCGCAUUUAUAGCAUCAUUAAUGAGAGAGGUCCUUUAUUCAAAGUUAUUCUUGUCUUGACCAUUUCCAUCUUGACAUCGUGUUGCUCGUAUGGACUUCCAUGGCUCUCACAGUGCACUCCAUGUCCGCCUUACCUCGAGGACCAGUGCCCCACCAUAGGUCGCUGUGGGAACUACAAGAAUUUCCAAUGUCCACCUAACCAGUACAAUGACCUUGCCUCCCUAUUUUUCAAUACCAAUGAUGAUGCUAUCCGGAACCUAUUUAGCGCAGGCUCUGAAAAAGAAUUUCACCUCAGCACUCUUUUCGUUUUCUUCAUUGCGAUUUAUUUUCUUGGCAUAAUCACUUAUGGAAUUGCUGUUCCCUCAGGCCUUUUCAUCCCUGUUAUACUUGCUGGGGCCUCUUAUGGGCGCCUUGUUGGCACUCUCGUUGGUUACUUCUCCGAUCUUGAUUCAGGUCUCUUUGCCCUUCUUGGAGCUGCGUCUUUCCUUGGUGGCACCAUGAGAAUGACAGUGUCACUUUGUGUCAUACUUCUUGAGCUAACGAAUAAUCUGUUGAUGCUCCCAUUGAUGAUGCUUGUUCUGCUUAUUUCAAAAACUGUGGCUGAUUGUUUCAACAAAGGUGUGUAUGACCAAAUUCUGGUAUUGAAGGGGCUGCCUUAUAUGGAAGCGCAUGCAGAGCCGUACAUGAGAAAUUUGAUUGCUAGUGAUGUUGUCUCUGGUCCGCUAGUUACAUUUUCCGGAAUCGAGAAAGUGGGCAAUAUAUUGCUCGCUUUGAAGAUUACAAGGCAUAACGGGUUUCCUGUGAUCGACGAGCCUCCUUUAUCUGAUGCUCCGGAGUUGUGUGGUCUUGUUUUGAGGUCACAUUUGCUCGUGCUGCUUAAAGGAAAGAAGUUUUCUGAACAGAGGGUGAUGACAGGAUCACAAAUUAUGAGGAAGAUCAAAGCACAUGAUUUUGCAAAGGCUGGAUCGGGAAAGGGAAUCAAGCUAGAGGAUUUGGACAUCACAGAAGCGGAAAUGGAGAUGUACGUCGAUCUCCAUCCCAUUACUAAUGCUUCUCCAUACACUGUGGUGGAAACAAUGUCUCUAGCCAAAGCUGCAGUUCUCUUUAGGGACCUUGGCCUUAGGCACUUAUUGGUGGUGCCGAAGACACCCGGGAGACCUCCAAUAGUUGGGAUCUUGACACGGCACGACUUCAUGCCGGAGCACGUUUUGGGACUCUAUCCGCACAUCAAUCUCCAGUCCCACAAGUAGAGGAAGCUAUCAACCUCUUAAGAAUUUUGGCAAUGGUGACAUCCUAAUCAUAUUUAUUUUAUCAAUAUAGCCAUUUUCUGUUUCUUGUAAUUAUUGUUAACAUAUCGAUUCGAAUCAAAAUUAUCAUUUGAAAAAACCAAUAUUUAUUUGGUUUUUUAUCCUUCGAAAAAACCAAUAUUUAUUUAUAUAGAAACCAAUAUUUAUUUAUCUAGAAACCAAUAUUUAUUUAUGUAGACUAAAAAGAGCCAGUGAGCCAUCCAUUGUUCGUCUUCGUCCCUGUUAAUACAACUGCUCUCUUCCCUUCUCUCUCUCUUUUUUUUCUUUUUUUUUCUUGUAUAGGAAAAUAAUACUUAAAUAGCUAAAUCUAUACUCAGUUUCCAAUUUUUGUGUACAUUACAAUUUUAUUGAAUA